AUGUCCUUAGAAAAGACCCCAUUAUAUGUAUCAUGUAAAUUAGUACUUUAUUUACGCAUGAUGGCCAUGCAAAUUCAUGAGGACAUUAUAGGAAAAAGUGAUCCUUAUAUUGAACUCUGGCUUGACAAAAAUUACAAACAAAAGACUACAACCAAGAACAACACAGUGAACCCAACAUAUAACGAAACUUUCACCUUUCUUAGCAACAUCCAUAAUGGUUAUGCUGAUGAAUGGGUUAAUCUGCCUGCUAUGCUUGGUUUGAUGAGCAAAGGAAAAGUUCAUUUGAUUUUGGAAACUGCUGGAUAA